GGGCAAAGCGCAGACUGAUAGCAGAGCAAUCACCACCAAGCCUGAACCAACUGCACAGGCUCUGCUGACAGCUUCCUAAGGUGCCAGGGGAAUGAGGAUGGAGGAAGGAAUGAAUGCUCUCCAUGACUUUGGGAUCCAGUCAACUCGCUACCUCCAGGUGAAUUACCAAGACUCCCAGGACUGGUUCAUCUUAGUGUCUGUGAUCGCUGACCUCAGGAAUGCCUUCUAUGUCCUUUUCCCCAUCUGGUUCCAUCUUCGAGAAAGCGUGGGCAUCAAACUCCUCUGGGUUGCUGUGAUUGGAGACUGGCUCAACCUCGUCUUUAAGUGGAUUCUCUUUGGACAGCGCCCGUACUGGUGGGUCCUGGACACCGACUACUACAGCAACACCUCUGUACCACUGAUCAAGCAGUUCCCUGUCACCUGUGAGACUGGACCAGGAAGUCCUUCUGGCCAUGCCAUGGGUACAGCCGGUGUAUACUAUGUGAUGGUCACAUCUACCCUCUCUAUCUUUCGCGGAAAGGAAAAGCCAACAUACAGAUUUCGGUGCUUGAACGUCAUUUUGUGGUUGGGAUUCUGGGCUGUGCAACUGAAUGUCUGUCUGUCACGAAUCUACCUUGCUGCUCAUUUCCCCCACCAGGUUGUUGCGGGAGUCUUAUCAGGCAUUGCUGUUGCUGAAACUUUCCACCACAUCCGGAGCAUCUACAAUGCCAGUCUCAAGAAAUAUUUUCUCAUUACCUUCUUCCUGUUCAGCUUUGCCAUUGGAUUUUACUUGGUGCUAAAGGGGCUGGGGGUGGACCUCCUGUGGACUCUGGAGAAAGCCAAGAGAUGGUGUGAGAGGCCAGAAUGGGUCCAUAUUGACACUACGCCCUUUGCCAGCCUGCUCAAGAACCUGGGGACCCUCUUUGGCCUGGGCCUGGCUCUCAACUCCAGCAUGUAUAGGGAGAGCUGCAGGGGGAGUCUCAGCAAGUGGCUCCCUUUCCGCCUCAGCUGCAUCAUGACCUCCCUCAUCCUCCUGCAUCUCUUUGACUCUCUGAAACCCCCAUCCCAAAUUGAGCUGAUCUUCUAUGUAUUGUCCUUCUGCAAGAGUAUGACAGUGCCCUUGGCCUCUGUCAGUCUCAUUCCCUACUGCAUCACGCGCAUCCUGGGCCAAUCACACAAGAAGUCUUUGUAAAGCAUGUGGCGGAGUCUUCAGUAUUUAAAUUCAGUGACUGUGCCAAGGGCCUAGACCAAGGAACUAAGGUCUUCUCCCAGCCCAUUUUGAGGUUGGAGGUGUUAAAUUCAGCUCAAGUGACCUUCCCCCUUUUUCAAUCUUGAUUGUAUUGGAUGGUGUUUUUUGAAAAGCUAAUGAGGCCAUGUGAGAAAGCCUUGACCAUUAGAAGUUGGGUAGUUCUGGAUUUUUCCCUGAAGACCUACUUACCUGUUCUUCUGUCAGAGAUACAGAAGCAAGACUUCCAGUAGGGAAGCUCACAAAUCCAGGCCAAAAUCCCAACUGAGAAUUUUCUACCUGUGCUCAUCCCUCCCAUGAAAAGGAGAAAGGAUUACACAGAUUUGAUAGAGGAAAGGGGAUGAGUCAAGGAGGAUUUCUUAGUAUCUCACAUAUUGUGCAAACUACAUGCCAAUCAAUGUCUAAAUGGCUUCAAAUAUGUUUGAAUCUUUUUAGAUAUGGCACUCUCAAUAAUGGUAGACCAACUCAAAGUAUACUUAAUAGGUGAUUAGUGGAAUAACUGCUUUGGGUAUUUUUUUUACUUUAGAUACAUGAUACUUGUAUUGACUUGGAUUUCUAAAUGACUGCAGUGACUGAGGUAUUCUACAAAGCCACAACAUUCAAGCAGAGUUGAUUUUCUUUGAUCACAUUACAUCUUCUUCCUUAUUAGCUCAGCUUUACUUUCCCCAAAAUUUCCCCCUGGCUCCCCAUCUACCCUGCUGGAUCCUCAGAUGCCUAAAGGGUGACUCUUUGGUAGCACUUUUGUAUGUCGAAGUUAAGCUCUGAAAUCUUGGGCAAAAAAAAAUGGCAGGGAAAGGGCCAGGAUUCCUCUCUCCAAAAGGUCACUCCGAUGUUACUUUUGAUUCAUGGAGAGUAAAUAUGACUCCUUUCUACAUUCCAAGUCAACCAAGAGCACUUUCUUAGAGGAAAAGUCAAAUCCUUCAUGCCUGUUCUCCAGUCUCAGCUGAUUUGCAGGGUGUGCCCUCAAAAACAAACAAAAAAAUCCUGAAGCCUAUUUAUUUGAGACUCCUUGUUUUUUCUACUAAUUUAGGAUACCAUAUGUUAUCAUUCACGCCAACCAUCCUGCUCUUUACAUAUUUAAAACAAAAAAUAUGUAUGUGCAGUAUUUUAUUAAAGUGACAUUUUAUUUAAGAA